AUGCUAAUGAAGAUCUUACUGGAGACACCGUCAUGGCCUACAAAAGUGAGAUUUCUCGGUUGCGUGCAGAGUUGGACUCGAAAGGAGGAGAAAAUUCGUUCAGAAAUGGCUGCAAAGGUGACAGCUGUUGAGGAGGAGCUGAGGCUCUGGAAAGAGACCGCCAUUAGCCGUGAAAAGCAACUCGAGUUGCAGCGGGAUCUGUUUGCCGCUCAGCUUACGAGUAAGCCUUCUGGAGAUGGAGAUGUGAAGUCACAAGACGACAUUGUGCGUGACAUGGCGUCGCAAAUUUCGAAAAGAAUUGAUUCAAUUAAAACAUUCGAAGAACUCACUAGAGCUCAGCUUCGAAGAGCGACUUAUUCACCGUAUUCAAAACUUUAA